AUGCCCUCAGACGACGAUGACAGCAACUCCCUUGCAGGAGAUACCCCACCGGGAUCACUGGUUUCUCAUGCCCAGUCAUUGCCUCCGCCCUCGCCCACUCAAAACCGUGGCGAGGAGGAGUCCGGUGUCGGUUCUGGAUCACAGCCAUCGAGCUCGGGCCCAGCACCUGGUGAGAGCUCAUCGGAACCUUCUCUGACGUCUAGUGCAACAACGGUUACAACAUCUGGACAUAAGCGCCGAGCGCCCGACGACUCGGACUCACAUGGCGACUUGACGCAAUACGUCGGUGCAGUGGCAAGGCACUUGAAGUUGAAGAAGACAGACCAUGAUGAGCUUGCCAAGGUUGCUGUGCUGUCGGAUCGUGAGCUCCUCGUUUACAAUACGGUGCUUGUCAUGAAGACACGGGAUCGUUUGGACAUGGUUCAACCCGUGGCGGCUGUGUGGGAGAUCCCAAGAGCGCUCCAUGUCGCGAUCGAACAUUACACAUAUGCGGUUCUAUGCUCCACCGUCCUUCCGACCUACGUCACUGACGGAUAUCCAGUCGGGGCUGUUACGACAAUUCUAUCAGCAAACCAGGGCUGGGGUUACACGUCUGACGUUAGGAACAACAAGCUCAAGCGAGAGAUUGUCGAGAAGAGGGUUGGAGGUCGGCUCACUGAUCGUCGAGCUGCAAUCAAGCUUUUGAUCCUGUUCUCGAUAGGUCCAGACAGGCUCAUCGAGCUCAACGCGAUCCACUUCACGAAGCCUAAGAACCCCAAAACACAGGCCACGCCGCCGGUCAAACUGAACGUUCUGCAACUCGCAGCCGAGAUCUCUGGACUGUACAAGCUCGACCCCGUCCGACUCACACUUGAACUGUGUGCACGUGUCGCAUAUCUGCGUCGUCGACUAGACACAUUCCUUCAGACGAAGCCAAACAACACAGACCAGUAUUGGAGGAUUGUGGAUACAAAAUUGGCCGAGCUACGCAAGCAAGGUGCACUCAAAGCCUCCAGAAUGAUUCAACAGGCACUGCGCGAGGACCAGGACAGAUUCGGGACCGUGGAUACGAACGAGUACGAGGAGGCUAUCAGCGGCGACGACAACAUCAGUGAUCGUGCAGCAGAGGGAAGACCGCUGCUCAGCAGUGCGGCAUUCCUCACGAGCUGA